AUGGUACCUAACUUGCCCGGGUUUUACUAUGAUAGAGAACGGCGACGCUAUUUUCGCAUAUCUGAAAAUCGAAGCAUUCCCACCCCAGGAACAACGAGCCAGUACAGUAAAGAUAAUAUAAAGCGACAAUCUGUUCAGGCAAGAUACGAUAAAGAAUUAUUUAUAAUAAAGAGAAAACGUCAGCAAACAUUGCAAAAGUAUAAGAUCAGUCUUCUAAAUCCGUUGGAACGGGCUUUUCGACCUUUACCAUAUGAAAAGUACAUAAUUGGUCUAGGCAUGCAGUAUGCAUUCCAUUCUCAUAGUGAAGGUCACAACUCACAUCGUUCUAUCACCACAAAAUCACUUAAUGUUCCAAACAUCAUGCAGAUAGGAGUAUUAGCAAAUUAUAUCUUAUUAGUUACCCAAGAAGGAUCUUAUCAAAAUAAACUAGCAUUUGCAACAAGCAAGGGUUACAUCGUAGGAUUUUCGUCCCUCGAUAAUUGUUCCGAAGAAAAUUUCUUUAUAGGCUUUUCCAUGGCUGAAUUCAAUCCUGUGCUAAAAUAUAAGUCUGAGCCGACUGAUUUGUUCAAAACAAUGAAACUUGAGAGAACAAUUGCGGCCAAGGAAGGGCCGAGCCAUUAUUUUUAUCAUAAUAUUAAUUCCAGAUCUAACGUGCAUACCUUUGCCAUAUUCAUGCAAGAUCCUUCUUCACUAAAACUGCUUAAAGUUCGUCAAGUCAAACUCAAAGAAAAUUGCCAAGUGCAUGAUUCUCUCGUUGUUGGAGACACAUUGAUUGUUACCGUAAAUGAUUGCUGUCAUUUUUAUGAUUUUGUUCCCGAGACCUUCCCUAAUCCAUAUGUUUUUUUUCCUGGAAGAAGCUCAAGGAAAUCCAAAAAAAGGAGUGACAUUACUUCUUUAUCAUUUCGUCUCCAAGGAGAUGCUUUAUUACCACCAAAAAAGUCGAACUCCGCUGUGUUUUAUAUUGGAUAUAGAAAUGGCGAUUCUAUGGCAAUGACCUUCAGCAAUAUUACGAAUAUGACAUUAUUACAGUGCCUUAGGACCAACGAUAUGACGCUGAAAAGACAAAAUCAACCUAUCAGAAGUUUCUUGAAAUCUAUUGUUUCCAUAAAAGCUUUGAAUAAUAAGGGACUAAUAAUUAUGUCUGGAAUGGCAGAAAAAGAGGAUGUGCAACAACUAAUUAUCGCAGAUACGUUUCUGGAGGACACCUUGGCUGAAAAACCGGUUAUAUCUUUCAAAACUAAGUUCUUAAACGUGACUAAAGAUACAGAAAUCUUUGAGGUGUCGGAUGAUGGACGCUACUUCAUUUAUGGUUCUACAAGUGCUAGGAAUGGCAAGGGUGAUUUCGAGGUAUUUUGUACUGUUUUAUCUGGAAAUCUUGGCUACGAAAAAUCUGAAGGUGGAAAUAUCACCCUGUAUCCAAUAAGAGUUAUGAAAGACUACUGUAGGUUAGAAAACCCUCAGUCUGAAUUUAUACACCUACACUCGGCGUUCAUGCCGUCAAUGCACGUAAAAAUGCGUGGUACUGUAGGAACUCUAUGUAGACAGAAUGAUACUUCACCUCACGAUAUUUCUGAAGAGGUACUUUCUCAAAAAGUAUGCUGCUUAAUCCGAAGAGAAGAUAGUCCUUAUAAUGGGGCCAACGUCCUCGUAACGUCCGCUUUGGUUUAG